GCUUAUGAGCUGCAAGUACAGGAGAUCGAGGAGUGCUACUGCUUCAAUUCCAAAGCUAUUAAUCAAGUCGCCAUAUUCUUUCUUGUAAAUUAGCACAAAUGGACCGCGCCCUUGACGAUAUCAUUAACGACAAGAAACGCAGCAGCUUUCGCUCAAGAGAUCGUCGUCCACCACGCGACGGCGUAAGAAAGCCUACGGGUAGGAGGGAAGAGUCCAGAAAUAUUGAUUCCGAUUGGGUCCAUGACCGUUACGACGAUGAUGAUUCUCGAGGACCACGCCGUAAUGGUGGAAGAGGUGGUUUGUUUAGUCAGAAUAGGAGACGUUCACCCGAAGAACGCACUACUGCAUCUGGAGCGAAGAUAAAGAUCGAAAAUUUGCACUACGACUUGACGGAAGAAGAUGUCCGCGAACUUUUCACCCGCAUCGGUGAGGUCUCUAGUGUUGAGCUUCUAUACGACCGUCAAGAUCGUUCUCGUGGCAUUGCCUACGUUACUAUGCCAGACAUUCGCGAUGCACGGGACGCUGUGCGCGACUUCGAUGGUGCCAAUGCCAAUGGUCAGCCGAUUCGUGUCACCCUUUUAGCUUCUUCGUCAACUGGCAGAGCGCGCAAUCCUUUUGACACUGCCGAACGACCUUCUCGCUCACUUUUUGACCGUGUUGAGAAGCGUAGUCGCAGCGAGAGCCCACAAUCACGCCCUCGCCGUGGCGAACGCCUUGACCACAUUGAUCGCUACGUACCUGGCGAACGUAGCGAUUCUAGGCGCCGAUCUCCGCUUCCUCGUCGUGGUGGUGGAAAUGACAGCAGACGAGGCAGUAGGCGACCAGGUGAGCGGCCUCGACGAGGCCCUCAGACUGACGCUGAGGGCCACAAGCUCGUCCAAGGCCGACCUCGCAAGACCCAAGAAGAGUUAGACGCUGAGAUGGAGGAUUAUUGGGGAAACAGAGAAGAGGGUGCGGCUGCGUCCGCUGGCGACACCGCAACAGCUACGGCUGCAGCCACCGGAGAUGUAGGUCUGGGAGACGACGAUGUCGACAUGAUCGAAUGAGUACUCGAAAGACUGCGAAGUCUAUGCAAGAGAUGGAUGAAUGAAUUCGCCUACUCAAUAUGCUGAAAGCAUCGAGUCUCAAAUGCCACAUGCAUGCAAAGGCGAAUGAAAUAAUGGCAAUCUCCCGGUCCUAGGCCAGUUCACUAAAAAUGAUUCCUCCUAAGGUUGUACAAAUAUUUAUGAACAAAACAAUAGAAAAACAGGCAGAUUAGCGGGGUGACGCGCAGCUGAUUUGUCUCUCACCA